AACCACUGGAGUUGGGAAAAGGAACAUCAGAAUGAAGAAGAAGAAGAAAGGAGCCAUCACAGCAAACUUCGCUGGCACCAAAUAUCAGAUCGUGCGCCUGGCGAUAUUGGAAGCAGGGUUUUCCCGAGCCCGGGAAGAAGAUGACACUGCCAACCUGAUCUGGAAUGAUGCCGCUGUGCAGCAGGAGAGGAUUGCGGAUCUGAGAAACUAUCAGAGGAUCAACCAUUUUCCUGGAAUGGGAGAGAUUUGCCGUAAGGACUGUCUGGCAAGAAACAUGGCCAAGAUGAUCAAGAGUCAAUCUCAGGAAUACUGCUUCACCCCCAGGACCUGGAUCUUUCCUGCGGAAUACACUCAGUUCCAGAACUGUGUGAAGGAACUCCGAAAGAGACGCAGACAGAAGACCUUUAUAGUCAAGCCAGCCAAUGGAGCGAUGGGUCAUGGAAUCUCAUUGAUAAGAAGUGGUGAGAAGCUUCAAGCACAAGAACAUUUAAUCGUGCAGGAAUACCUCGAUAAACCAUUCCUCUUGGAGGGCUACAAGUUUGACCUACGUAUCUAUACCCUGGUAACCUCUUGCGACCCCCUGCGGAUAUUCCUGUACAAUGAUGGGCUGGUACGCAUGGGCACAGAGAAGUAUCACGCUCCCACUGACUCAAACUUGAGUCAGCUCUUCAUGCACCUGACGAACUACUCCGUCAACAAGCACAACGAGAACUUUGAGCGGGACGAGCAGGCAGACCGGGGCAGCAAGCGAUCAAUCAGGUGGUUCACCGAAUUCCUUCACACCAACGAUUACGAUGUGGCCAAGUUCUGGAAUGAUGUCUCUGACCUUGUGGUGAAGACAUUGAUCGUGGCAGAGCCUCACGUUCUACAUGCCUACCGCAUGUGCCGACCGGGUCAGCAUCCCGGCAGCAACAGCGUCUGCUUUGAAGUUCUCGGUUUUGACAUUAUUUUGGACAGGAAGCUGAAACCCUGGCUCCUGGAGAUUAACCGUGCCCCUAGCUUUGGGACAGACCAGAAGAUAGAUUUUGAAGUGAAAAAAGGAGUGCUAGUGCAUGCACUGAAGCUGCUUAAUGUACGCACCAGUGACAGGAGGAAGAAUCUGGUCCAGCAGAAAGCUGAGGCACAAAGGAGGCUCUAUGGGCAAGGGUCAGUGAAGCGACUGUCUGCUGGCUCCUCAGAGUGGGAGAGACAGCGUCACUCACUGGAGAGGAGGAGAGAGGAGUUGAAGGAGAGACUUGCGCAAGUCCGCAAGCAGAUUUCAAGAGAAGAGCAUGAAAAUCAAAAUUUGGGUAACUACAGGCGGAUCUACCCUCCCGAUGAUAAGCAGUUGCUGGAAAAGUAUGAGAGCCUCAUAUGUGUUGCCUUCCAGACCUUCCUUGCAGGAAGAGCAGCCUCACUGCAGAAGGAACUCAGCAACCCACUGAAUCACAUGAAGGAGGAAGACAUCCUGGAUCUCCUGGAGCAGUGUGAAGUGGACGAUGAGAAGCUCCUGGGGAAAUCACCCCGUCAAAGGGGGCCAAAGUUAUUCUCAAUGCCCGAGACCACGGAACCGAACUCACGAAAAUAUGACGAGAGCAGCAGUAGCGGUAACAGCAGCUGCAGCUCAGACACCGAUGAAGAGGAACUAAGAGAUAAAAAAUUUAUGUUUGUUCGAAAAGAAAGGAAGUAUGAAUCUCCAGAACGAUCCAGGAGGAUACAAUCGAAGCCUCCAGCCACAAGUACCAGACCACCACCUUCAGCAUUGCCAACUGCAUCAUUGCCAAUCAGACGUUCUGUGUCCUGCCCCCGGUCAAUCUCUACCUCAGCAACACAUUUGCAUUCACACCUACCCGAACCGCGAUCCACUUCUGCCAAACCCAGUGUACCCUUGAGCAAACCUCCUGCAGACACACGGUCACAAUCAUUGAAUCGUACCAUGACCACGCAGCGGAUACCACAUGCUACCAGCCUGGGCACUAUUCAUUCCGCACCGCGCUCUUCCAAUCUAAAUUUUAGAACGAAGGAACAAGACGAGGAAUUGACCAAAGACGUGCUGGUGGCUCUGAAUGAAAUGAAAAUUAAAUUCCCAGGGAAAUCAAACGAGGAAGCUGAGGUCCUGCUGGAUGAAAUACUAGACAACUGGAAGUAUCAUAAACCAAAGGUAGCUUCUUAUUGGCUGGUCAAACUGGACUCUACAAAACAACGUAAGGUGCUGGACAUUGUAAGGACCAACAUUCGCUCCAUCUUUCAGCAAGUAUGGAAGGUGCACGAUGUGGAAACUCUUCGGUUGUACCGCAUCUUCAAUCGAGUUUUUAAUCGUCUGCUCUGGAGCCGUGGGCAAGGGCUGUGGAACUGUUUCUCCAACUCAGGGAAUUCCUGGGAAACCAUGUUCAACCGAAGUGCAGAGACAGCCACCUCUCAGGAACUGCAGUGCUGUCAGAGGCUGGUGCAGCUCUGCAAGGAUUGUUUGCUGGUGGUUUACAGAUACACAGCGGAUUCCAAGGGCUCCUUAUCUGGCUUCAGCCAGGAGUGGGAAGACAACAGGUGCCUGCACCCUCCAGGAUACCGGUUGAACAUGAAGACCCUCCCGGCCGGUUUCAGCCGCAGUCCCAGAGGAAUGCCCCGCUCACGGAGCAUGUACACCAACCGGUUCAAGCAGUGCUGAGCGCUGCUUCCUUCACCUCCCAUUGUCAGAGCCACCAUCACAAGCAAGCAUCUCAACCGUCCUCUGACUGACAACAGGAACGUGCCCUCCGAUCCACAUCGAGUGAGGCUGGGCUGGAUCUUACGGUUCUCAGGAUGUGGGAGGGUUGGGGAACCAGAGAGAGAAGAGGGAGAUUCUGAGAUAGAAACAGGAAGUGCUGAAGGUCUGGCAGCAUCUGUAGAGAGAGAGAGAAAAACAGAAUUUACAUCUUGAGCCCAAUAUGAUUCUUUGGUGUAUGUUCAAUCAUCCCACAAGCCAGCCCACAUGACUGGAGUGUCAGACAGUCCCAGUACUAAAGGACAGAUAAGGAAGGAGGUUGGGGGUAGAUGAUGGCCCAGCGGUAUUAUCGCUGGACCUGUUGAUCUGAAAACCCAGGUAAUGAUCUGGGGACCUGGGUUUGAAUCCUGCCAUGGCAGGUGGUGGGCUUGAAUCCAAUAAAAGUCUGGAAUUAAUGGUCUAAUGAUGUCCAUGAGUCCAUUGUCAAUUGUUAGAAAAGGCCCUGAAGGAGGGUUAUACCCGAAACAUCGCCUUCUCCACCUCCUGAUGCUGCCUGGCUUGCUGUGUUCCUCCAGCCUCCUGCCUGUCCCUC